AUGUGUGAAAUUCGGGACAAAGUGUUCUUGAUAACUGGCGCUGCUGGCGGGAUCGGGGCAGGAAUUGCCCGGGCUGUACUUGAAAAGGGAGCGAAGCACGUAGCAAUACUAGAUAUUAAUGGGAAAGAUGGAAAGGCGUUAGAAGCAGAACUGAAUAGGAAACAUGGUGCAAAUAAGGCGAAAUUUCACAAAUGUGACGUGACCACGAAAGAACUGGACGAAGCAUUCGACAGUACUGCGAAAGAGUUCAGAUAUAUUGAUGUUAUGAUCAACAAUGCUGGUAUUAUGCAUGACUCUCCCAAGAUUUAUGUAAAAGCACUAGAAGUAAAUGUGACUGCUCUUAUAAGGGGUUCGCUGAAAGCCUUUCACUUAAUGCGCAAAGAUAAUGGUGGUAAAGGAGGUACCAUAAUCAAUAUCUCUUCUAUACUAGCAUUAAUGCAGACCCCCCUUAUUCCGAUAUACAGUGCAGCAAAAUCGGCAGUAUUACAAUUUAGUAAUUGCCUAGGGGCCGAACUGAAUUACAAUAGAACAGGAGUUCGAGUGAUCGCUCUAUGUUUUGGGACUACUGAAACAAAUUUAAUAACUGCUAUUAGUGCCAUCGAACCGACCAUGGAAGACAUGAUACCGCCUGCAUUGAAGGAAAUGCCCAAACAAGGAGUCGAUGACGCCGUCAAAGGUGUGUUGGAAGCAUUUGAUAAGAGUUGCAGCGGAGGAACUUGGCUUAUAACGUCAAGGAGGCCAGCAGAGGACAUUACGGAGAUAGUAAAAGAGAGUCACGCCGCCUUAUCAAAGAAUGUAAUGCAUUAG